UGUGUGUGUGUGUGUUUGUGUGUGUUUACCCCUUCAGUGAGUUAAAAAGCUCGGGAGCCAUGGAGUUGAGGGUAGGGAACAAGUACCGCCUUGGGAGGAAGAUAGGGAGCGGGUCCUUUGGAGACAUUUACCUCGGUUCUAACAUCGCUACAGGAGAGGAAGUAGCCAUCAAACUGGAAUGUGUGAAAACCAAACAUCCACAGCUUCACAUCGAGAGCAAAUUUUACAAGAUGAUGCAGGGCGGAGUGGGGAUCCCGUCUAUUAAGUGGUGCGGAGCGGAAGGCGACUACAACGUCAUGGUCAUGGAGCUGCUGGGCCCCAGUCUGGAGGACCUGUUCAACUUCUGCUCCCGCAAGUUCAGUCUGAAAACUGUCCUCCUGCUGGCCGACCAGAUGAUCAGUAGGAUCGAAUACAUCCACUCCAAGAACUUCAUCCACAGAGACGUGAAGCCUGACAACUUCCUGAUGGGGCUCGGCAAGAAGGGCAACCUGGUCUACAUUAUCGACUUUGGCCUGGCCAAAAAAUACCGUGACGCCCGAACGCACCAGCACAUCCCUUACCGUGAGAAUAAGAACCUCACUGGCACCGCCCGCUAUGCCUCCAUCAACACCCAUCUGGGCAUCGAGCAGUCGAGGCGAGACGACCUGGAAUCUCUGGGCUACGUCCUCAUGUACUUCAACCUGGGCUCUCUGCCCUGGCAGGGCCUCAAGGCUGCCACAAAAAGGCAGAAGUACGAACGCAUCAGUGAGAAGAAAAUGUCCACCCCCAUCGAGGUGCUCUGCAAGGGAUACCCUUCUGAGUUCUCCACUUACCUGAAUUUGUGUCGCUCCCUGCGGUUCGACGACAAGCCAGACUACUCAUACUUGAGGCAGCUCUUUAGGAACCUUUUCCACAGACAGGGCUUUUCCUACGACUACGUCUUUGACUGGAACAUGCUGAAGUUUGGAGCCAGCAGGACCGCAGAGGAUGGAGAGAGAGAAAGGAGGGAGGGAAAGGAGGCGGAGGAGCGAGCAGGAGGAGGCCAAAGAGGAGCUGGAGGUCGAGCUCUACCACCUGGUCCAAACCCUUCAGCAGCCAACAGAGUCAGGAACGAGGCAGACGCUGCUCCCUCCAACCCGGCCACGCGUGGGGUCCAGCAGUCAGGUAACCGCUCUCCUCAGGCGGGGAGAGCAGAGCGAGCCGAGCGAGAAAGGAAGGUGGCCAUGAGGCUUCACCGCGGGGCGCCCGCCAACGUCUCCUCCUCAGACCUGACUGCACGCCUCGACCAAUCACGCAUCACUGCGUCACAGGUCAGUGUGCCGUUUGAACAUCUGGCAAAGUGAGGUCCUCCUGGCUGGCCUGCAGGUUAGUGGCAGCAGCUGCAGGGUAUCAAAUACCCCUUAUUUUUCAAAUGGAUGAAUGAAAACAUGAAUGAGUGGAGGAGAACAAGAGGAGCAGGAGGAAGCGUUUCUGACCCUUGAAGAGGGGACGGAGGACAUUGUGUGUCUGUCAGGAAGCUGUGUGAGCCGGGGGGACCGGGAGGAGCAGAAGGAACACUGAGAUGAUAGAAACCAGCGGGACAAACUCUUGGCUGGAACUGGACGCUCCAGCUUUUGGGGAUGUGGCCAGAUGGGGGGAAGUGGGUGAAACUACACGCUGGACCCGCCCCUCCUUCACGCAUAUUCACCUGUCCAUCGAUCUCAACUUGCAGAGAAACAUCAAAGUGCACAAAAUGGGCUAAAUUUCAGUCAUUCUGUGGUUUACACCUGUGAUAAAAUAAUUUGAAAGAAAAAUCAACUAUCAACCUGAUGAUGUUUGAGAGCUACAUCCACUGCUUAUGGUGUUCUUGGUUACAAAUAAAUAUGUAAACAAUUAUGGAGAUGGGCAUAAAACAAAAGUGUAUUCAGGCCUAUCACAGAUGCGACAGGAGAAUGCUUGGAAAUGGAUCAAAGAGAGGAUCAGAGGAGGAGGAAUGAAUUAGAGAGACUGCGGGGAGAUUUUGUGAGUGGGAGCGAGGCUGCUUUUUGUCAACAAGUGUCGGUGUCUGUCUGUGCGUUAUUGUCUUAACUGUUUGUUUUGCCUUUAGAUUCGCUUCAGAGAGCCUGAGGGCUGGAGGAGGGAAAGGUUACUGUGUAUGAUGAAUUACCCAUGAAUCAUCACAGAAGACUUAUCCUCCAACUAAAACUUUCUCGUCUUGAAUGUGGAAAGAGAAGAAAGAGGAGGAAGACUGCUUUGAGUUGAGGACAGAUUAUAAGGGAUUGAGGAUUGUAUGAUAUGAUAUGAAAAAGCCCAAAUCCAACUUGUACCUCCAGGUCUGAAAACGACUUGAGAAAGUUAUACAACAUUGGUGGUUUGUUCUUUACUUUUGCUUUAUAACAUAUGUAAAAAUGUGUAGAUACAUUUCGCCAAAAUGUGACUGGUUGUUUGAAGAUGGGGCUGGAAAGAAGAGUACUGUUUACUUCCUGACAGCCCUGGGCGAGGGGGAGGAGGAGUAAAACAGGCAUUUAUACCACUAAACUUUAGAGUCCGCCAAACGUGUGUAUUUUGGUUUUCGACUGUGGCAGGCAAUGACAGAGAGGUUCUUCUUCAUAUUUUAAGGAGUUUUUUUUUUUAGCCAGGCCUGUCAGGAUGGACAGAUGUCACUGAUGGGAAUGAGCUGCCAGAUGUCCUGUACAUUUCUUUCCCAUGCUUUGACUUUAUUACUAUGAUAUUUGUGUAUAUUUUCCGAAUCAAUAAAAAUAUACACGGCUUA